GUCACGGCGCAGGCGCGGAACGCGCGCGCGCGUCUGCCGCGGGAGGCUGAGGCGCGGCGUUUGCGGCUCUUCCUGGAGUCGGGGCGGCGGGCCGGGGCGUCAUGUCGGACAACGAGGACAAUUUUGAUGGUGAUGACUUUGAUGACGUGGAGGAGGAUGAAGGGCUAGAUGACUUGGAAAAUGCCGAAGAGGAGGGUCAGGAGAAUGUUGAGAUCCUCCCCUCUGGGGAGCGACCACAGGCCAACCAGAAGCGAAUUACUACUCCGUACAUGACCAAGUAUGAGCGAGCUCGUGUGCUGGGGACUCGAGCUCUCCAGAUCGCGAUGUGUGCUCCUGUGAUGGUGGAGCUGGAAGGGGAGACAGACCCUUUGCUCAUCGCCAUGAAGGAACUCAAGGCCCGAAAGAUCCCCAUCAUCAUCCGCCGCUACCUGCCAGACGGGAGCUACGAAGACUGGGGCGUGGACGAGCUCAUCAUCACCGACUGAGCCGGGCUCUGAGGCACCCGCUUCUCUUUUCUGUGCUCACUUACAAUGUAAAUAAUAAACCCGAACUUUUCCAGCUA